CUGUCGUGUCCUCUCGUCUCCCCGCUACAGUAGUAACAGUCCUCCGGACGUAUAGCCCCUUGCUUUCCUCCUUCCUCUGCUCUUCUUCGUUAAAGGCAAGUAGUCAAUAAUCUCUUUCUGCAAAUUUCCACAAGAACAUCUCAAGGCAAAGUAAACAAAGAAUGGGAAGGAAACGCAGUGCUUCUUCUACUCCUGAGCCAGCACAAGUAGCCACCUCGCCAAUCCCUUCGUCGGGAUCCCCCAACCCGCAAUCUGCAACCCCUAAUCCAGGGGAUAGUGUGGCGUCCCCAAAGGCGGUGAACAAGUCAGCUUCUUCCUCAAAAAAGAAGGUAAAGAUGACCCCUGGCGGAGUCAGGCGCUCUAACCGCCUCAAGAGCGGUGUUAGGACUACUACUGAAACUGAAGCUCAGGAAAUUGAGCGAAUUAUUGAGGAGAUAACUUCAACUGAUAGCGAGGAGGAUGAGGAAGAAGAUCAGCAACCCAACACGGUGGAAGAAGCCAAAGAGGUGGAGGUGGAGGAGGAGGAAGAAGAAGAAGAAGCUGGGGCAGUGCCGGAAGAAGAUCAACACCCCGUGGUGGGGAAAGAAGGAGCCAAGGAGGUGGAGGAAGAUCUUGUGCUCGAGACUAAUGGAAUUGGGGAUUGUUGGGAUGGACUUGUGGAAAUUUGCAAGAGACAAAAGAAGACCAUGGCUGAACUGCAGGCUCAAGAUGCUGCGAGAGCCUCGCGGGCGAAGAAGAGAAGUUCUGCUGCGCACUUGACGUACAAAGGCUUGUACUUUGAUACCAUUAAGGAGGUGGUUGUUUUACAAGAGGAGAACCGUCGGUUGAUCAAGGAGUUGGAAUAUGCUCGUGGCAGAGACGCGGGGUUAACAGAUGCACUGAAGUUAACUAGCAAGAGCUGCUGCUGCUCGAGAGCACAGUGAAAGGACUGCCUUUUGAAGUUAACAGGGGGGCUUGGGGGGAUUCUUUUGCUAUGUUAUUGCCCUAUAUUACAAUCAAUCCCAGAGCCAAUCAGUAGUUUAGUAGUAGUGGCUGUUUAUAUUAGUCGGUAAUGGCUGUUUACAGAUAUGCACUGAAGAUGCUGCUGCUACUAGAUAGUAUUGUGAAAGGACUGCCUUUGGAAAUUAACAGGGGCUUGGAGGAUCUUUUGUUAUGCCAGAGCCUAUAUUAGUAGGUUAUGCUGUGUACCACUUAAAAAAACUGCUUUUGUUGAAGAUUAACCAUUCACUUGCCCUUUUGUAAUGAAGAAGAAUUACAAAC